CUGUCGUCCCCAUCCCCUUGCUCCAGCGCGCGGUGUGCACAGGCAGCUAGGCUCAUGGCGGCCGCUACCCCUAGUCCCCACAGCGCAAGGGUCGCCGUUGUCACCGGCGGGAACAAAGGGAUCGGGCUGGAGGUGUGCAGGCAGCUGGCCAGCAACGGCAUCACCGUCGUCCUAACAGCCAGAGACGAGAAGCGGGGCGCCGCCGCCGUAGAGGAGCUCGCGGACGCGGGCCUCUCCGGCGUCGUUUUCCAUCAGCUGGAGGUCACCGACGCCCAGAGCAUUGCUAGAUUGGCCGGUUUCCUGAAGGCGUGGUUUGGGAAGCUAGACAUCCUGGUAAACAAUGCCGCUAUCGGUGGGGUUCAGUCACUUCCCGUUGAAAAUGUUGGCGAAAAGAUCAAGGGCAUGGACGCGUUUCAGAUGGCGGAGCUGAUGCGGAAGAGCUGCCGGGAGACAAACGACACCGCGAAGGCAGGCGUCCAGACGAACUACUACGGGGUGAAGAACGUGACCGAGGCGCUGCUGCCCCUGCUCCUGCAGGCCUCCUCCUCCGGCGGAGGAAGGGUCGUCAACGUCUCCUCCGACUUCGGGCUGCUACGCUAUCUCAGGAAUGAGGAGGUGAAGCAUGAGCUGGACGACAUUGAGGGCCUGACGGAGGAGAGGCUGGACGAGCUGCUGAGCACGUUCCUCCGGGACUUCGAGGCCGGCGCGCUGAAGUCCCGCGGCUGGCCGACGGAGUUCGCCGCGUACAAGGUGGCCAAGGCCGCCCUGAACUCCUACUCGAGGGUCCUGGCGAGGCGGCACCCCGAGCUGCGCGUCAACUGCGCGCACCCGGGCUACGUCAAGACCGACAUGACCAGGCAGACGGGCCUGCUGACGCCCGCGCAGGGCGCGGCCAACGUCGUCAAGGUGGCGCUGCUCCCGGAAGGCGGCCCCACCGGCGCUUUCUUCGCGCUAGGCAAGGAGGCGCCGUUCGUGUGACGCUGCCGUACUGGGCUGGCGGUGGUGGGGACUUCACGGUCCGGCGCUAGUGCGCCGCCUCUCCGACUUGCCUGGCGCCUGCUAUCUACUACCUCUCUGCUCUCUGUGCUGCGCAGCGUAGUUUGCUGGUUUGGGACGGCGAAUAAAGAAAGGAUCGCUGCUGCCUCUUAGUUAGUUGGGUUCUGUCAGUACUAAGCUUCGGUAAUAAAAUACCCCUAGAUAUGACC